CCCUUUUUGUUUCUUUAAUGCAAAAUUCCCGAAGCUCGGCGAGAGUGAAAGUUUUCUAUCAAUCCCCUUGAGGGCAACAAUCAAUAACAAGACUCAGGAAAAAAGAUAACUUAAAAUGAAAAUUUUGUAAAUUCGACGACGAGGAAGAAGAAGAAGAAAAUGAGCAUAGUGGCAAAGGAGACGAUCGAGGUUAUAGCUCAAAGCAUUGGCAUAAACAAUUUGUCAGAUGACGCUGCCCUUUCUCUUGCUCCCGAUGUCGAGUACCGCAUGCGCGAGAUUCUGCAGGAGGCCGUCAAAUGUAUGCGUCACUCGAGGAGAACCGUAUUAACUACAGAUGAUGUUGAUGGUGCACUUAACUUAAGAAACGUUGAGCCCGUAUAUGGCUUUACAUCUGGAGGUCCUUUGCAGUUCAAAAGGGCAAUUGGGCAUAGGGAUUUGUUUUACAUUGAUGAUAGGGAUGUGGAUUUGAAAGAAGUAAUUGAGGCUCCUUUACCAAAAGCACCACUUGAUACCAGAGUUGUUUGUCACUGGCUCGCUAUCGAAGGAGUACAACCUGCCAUUCCAGAAAAUGCUCCUGUGGGAGUAAUUGCUGCUGCUCCUAAUGGCAAUACUUACGAACAAAAGGAUGAACUUCCGGUUGACAUUAAAUUACCUGUUAAGCAUGUGCUAUCUAGAGAGCUUCAGUUCUACUUCGACAAAAUCACAGAGCUCACUUUGAGAAAGUCUGAUUCAGCCCUGUUUAAAGAAGCAUUAGUGAGUUUGGCUACAGAUUCAGGACUUCAUCCAUUAGUUCCUUAUUUCACUUUCUUUGUAGCUGAUGAGGUUUCACGUGGUUUGAAUGAUUAUUCUCUUCUAUUUGCUUUAAUGCGUGUCGUUUGGAGUCUUCUCCAGAAUCCCCACAUACACAUAGAACCUUAUCUACACCAAUUGAUGCCAUCUGUAGUAACCUGCCUUGUUUCAAAAAAAUUGGGGAACAGGAUUGCUGACAACCACUGGGAACUUAGAGAUUUUACAGCAAAGUUAGUUGCUUCAAUAUGCAAAAGAUUUGGCCAUGUUUAUAACACCCUUCAGACACGUCUUACAAAAACUUUACUCAAUGCACUUCUGGACCCAAAACGGUCAUUGACUCAACACUAUGGUGCAAUUCAAGGGUUGGCAGCCCUAGGACCGAAUGUGGUUCGUCUUCUUAUUCUGCCAAAUCUUGAGCCAUACCUUCGACUCCUUGAACCAGAGUUGCUACUAGAGAAGCAAAAGAAUGAGAUGAAGAGAUAUGAAGCAUGGCGUGUUUAUGGUGCCUUACUGCGUGCAGCAGGUCAAGGCAUAUAUGAGCGCCUCAAAAUCUUUCCACCUUUACCAUCACCUUCAGGCCAUGCUAUCUGGAAGUCCAAAGACAAAGUUGUUACUGCAGUUCCAAAUAAACGUAAGGCGAACAUGGAGCCCUUGGAAGACGAACCAGCCUUGAAGAAAAUAGCAGCCGAUGGCCCAAUUGGCAGCUUGGUUUCGGCCAACUCCUUGUCAUCCGUAACAACACUUGCAUUAUCAAGUCAGAAUGAUGCCGGCUCGUCUGAAAAGAUGGCCAAGAGAAUUGGAAAAGAUGGUAAAAUGUUGAAGAAGUCUGUGAUCCUGAAUCAAAUUUGGAAGGAUGACCUGGAUUCUGGACAUACGUUGGUAACAUUAUUCGAACUGCUUGGUGAAGGCAUUCUCUCCUUCAUUCCAUCUCCUGAGAUGUCACUGUUUCUAUAACAUGCUGUAGAAUAGCUGAUUCUUAUUGUUGUUGGGGCUUAGGAAUAUGAAACUGUCUUCUUCUGAAUCAUCGAAGUAAUUGCAAUAACGUUGUUAAUUCAUGAUUUUCAAGAGUAAAAAUAGUUCAGUAGCCA